GACUCAUCAGGAAGACGGUUGUUAUUCCUUUCUGUCAUCUACACCACUGGAUAUGCUCUGUCUUUCUCAGCCCUUGUUAUAGCAACUGGCAUCCUCCUUUGGUUCAGGCAUCUGCAUUGCACCAGGAACUACAUUCACUUGAACCUUUUUACUUCAUUUAUCCUACGUGCUGUGUCCAUCUUCAUUAAGGACUCCAUGCUCACGUGGAUGUACAAGACAGCCCCUCGUCAACAACAGUGGGAGAGUGUAAUUUCCUACCAGGAGUCACUUAGCUGCCGUCUGAUCUUUGUGAUGAUGCAGUAUUGUGUGACUGCAAACUAUUACUGGCUACUGGUGGAAGGAAUGUACCUGUACACUCUACUAGCCCUCUCAGUAUUUUCUGAGCAGAGAAUCUUUCGACUUUACCUUUGUAUUGGCUGGGGUGUGCCAAUGCUGUUUGUAAUCCUCUGGGGAAUUGUCAAGUACCUUUAUGAAGAUGAGGGCUGUUGGAAUAAGAAUCUGAAUAUGAACUACUGGCUGAUCAUCAGGCUGCCUAUUAUGGUUGCUAUUGGGGUGAACUUCCUGAUCUUUAUCAGGGUUAUUUGCAUUAUAAUUUCUAAGCUGCAAGCAAAUCUGUUGCGCAAAAGUGACAUAAAAUGCAGAUUGGCCAAAUCUACACUGACUCUGAUCCCACUUCUGGGUACACAUGAGAUCAUCUUUGCUUUUGUUACUGAUGAGCACGCCAAGGGGACACUGCGGUUCGUGAAGCUCUUUUUUGAACUCUCCUCUUCUUCUUUUCAGGGACUUUUGGUGGCAAUUCUCUACUGUUUUAACAAUACUGAGGUUCGGACAGAAUUCCAGAAAAGCUGGGAACGAUGGAGAUUGGAACAUUUCUAUGUCCAGAGAGACAACAGUAUGAAGCCACUUAAAUAUCCAGCCAACAGCAUUAGCAGUGGAGGUACAGUCGGAACCACAGUCUACGCUGCUACUUGUCAAGCUACUACACUCAGCUAA